AUGUCAAACUCAAGGCUACCACCAGUUCCGGUCUUCAGACCGACAUUUAUUAGGAUGCAGAGAAGUGGUUCGAUCACAGAGUACAAUUCCUCACUUACGUAUUCGUAUAUUAUGGAUCCGGAGGCGGAUUCAAAACAGGCAGUCGCUGAGUCGCCAGUAAUAGCCAAUAAUGCACAGCAAAAGAGGCAGAAAAGGAGAAAGAAGAGAAAAAACUCGUUUGACUAUGAGGACCCAGAUGAAGAUGAGAUGCUGAUAAGGAAGAAGGAGAUGAAAACUGCCCACUCAAUCAUUGAGAAGAGGAGGAGGAUAAAAAUGAACCGAGAAUUCGAAGCCUUGAAAUUUCUUAUACCUGCGUGCCGCAUUGCUAUCAUUAACGGAAUGGUGGGAGGGUCUAAUUCCAGUACCCCAAUUGUGGCUGGUUCUUCUGCUGGCUCCAAUCCUGCGAACAGUCCAAGUAUUGAUGCGAUAGAAAAUUCGAACAUGAUGCACAAGUUGACUAUCUUGCAAUCGACUGUGGAGUACAUCAAGUAUCUUCACGAGAUCAUAAACUUGCAGACCAAGAAAAUUUCCGAGCACGAUAAUUCCUGGACAGCAGAGGAGAACCUCUCUUUUGCACAAUUUGACCUUGAACUGGACGAUUAUAGGAACAUUGAUAAGGAGUUUGAUUUUGGAUCUCUUUUCAAUAAGGUUGCGCAAAACGAUGGUAAGCCCAUUGACUCGCCCAAAUUCGCCAAGAUGAUGCUACCCAGUCCUAUGAUUACUCCGGACCUUUCCACCUCGGCAUCAUCCAGAACUCCAGAUGAUAGGCAACAAUUCAAGUUGCCAAAACCGCUCAACAACAGUCAUGCCUUCAAACUGCCGCUUCCUGCAUUGGCCUCGCAGUCGCCAUCAAUUCUUGCGAUUUCUCCUUCUAACGCUAAUGUGCCAUCUCCAACAUCUCACUAUUCAAACCCGCAGAAACCAAGAAUGUUGCCAAGUUUUGCCGAUGUGAAUGGUUCCUCUUCGUCGCUGCCUUCGGUAUCUCCGUUGGGCGCCGCACCCAGCGCCGCACCAGAGAUGCCUGAUCCCAACCAUUUAGACGCUUCGAAAGUGUUACUUCAGAUGAAGAGGAGAACUUCGAUAGAAAGUCUUCUUAAUUGA